AUGUUCUCAACACUGAAAGAUCUCCAGUACCUUUACCUUCCACAGAACCUCAAUGUGUUGUUGCAAAGUGAUGGGAACUUAUCCUUCCCAAAGCUCAAGGUGUUGAAUUUGUUCGGUUGCAACCUGACCGGGUUCCCAUAUUUCUUGAGUUCUUCGGAAAAUUUGGAAGUAUUGCUCCUUAAUGGGAACAUGAUCAGUGGACGGAUUCCUGAAUGGUUUUGGAGAGUAGGGAGGGACACAUUGACACUCUUGGAUCUCUCAUCUAAUAAUUUCGCAGGAGAGAUCCCAUCAUCAAUCUGUGAAAUGAGUUCACUACAAGAACUUGAGGUCUCAAAUAACAGACUCAACGACACUUUUCCGAGAUGUUUGAGAAAUUUAAGCAGCCUCUCCAGCUUGCAUUUGAGCAAAGUUCUAUUUCGAGGUCCUCUGCCAAAAUCUCUUGGAAAUUGUACGAGCUUAGUGCGCUUAAAUGUCAGUUAUAAUGAAAUAUAUGACACCUUCCCAUGCUGGUUAAAUGGUAGCGGCAGAUUGAGGAUUCUAGAUUUACAGCAGAACAAGUUUCAUGGAGUUGUUGAAGAUCCCCUCCCUCCGCAGCUUUCAUACUUAAGGCUCUCCAACAACCAUUUUUCUGGAGAGUUGCCAAUAAUUUUCUCUAUGAAUUCAACAAUUUAUUUUGUUGACUUAGCUAUUAAUAAUUUUGACGGACCACUCCCAAUUCCACCUCCCACUAUUUGGUUCUAUUCCAUUUCGAACAACAAGUUCAGUGGACACACUCCUUAUCAGAUAUGCAGAGCCACGGGGCUAAAUGUCAUCGACCUAUCCAAUAACAUGUUGACGGGCACCCUUCCUUAUUGCUUUAAAAAUUUCAUUGCCCACCUAUCAGUAUUGGAUCUUCGAGCAAAUAAGUUUGUUGGUGGUUUACGUGAAAUAUUUGUCCAAGAGACCAGCUUGAGGACGAUCCGCUUGAGUCAAAAUCAACUUGAAGGAACCCUGCCGCGAUCUUUAGAAUAUUGCAAGAACUUAGAAGUUCUGGAUCUAAGUGAAAAUGAGUUGGAGGGCAGCUUCCCUUAUUGGUUGGAUACUCUUCCAAAGUUGCAAGUACUUGUCUUGAGAUCCAACAAGUUUUGUGGUCCGAUUGAUAGUUCCAAGAGAAAUAAUCAUCCCUUCCCGAAACUGCGCAUUUUCGACCUCUCCAACAAUAAGUUUUAUGGUCCUUUGCCAGCUAAGUACAUUGCGAAACUAAAAGCCAUGAAGAAUGAAGUGAGAGGUGGUUUGCAAUACAUGGGCGAUGAAUACUAUCAAGAUUCUAUUGUGGUGGAGAUGAAGGGGCUGAAGAUGGAGCUGGUGAAAAUUCUGACCUUGUUUACAACCAUCAACUUCUCAAUCAACUUCUUCGAAGGAGAGAUUCCAGACUUAAUUGGAGAUCUGAAGGCACUCAAGGGACUCAAUUUUUCUCACAACAGUCUAAGUGGUAACAUUCCUUUUUCUAUGGGAAAUCUGACUAAUCUUGAGUGGUUGGACCUCUCCUCGAACAAGCUCGCCGGGAAGAUCCCCAGAGGAUUGGCAGAUCUUGCGUCACUCUCCUACUUGAAUCUCUUAAACAAACAGCUUGUGGGACAGAUUCCUCAAAGCACACAGUUCGACACUGUCAACCGCUCCUUUGACUGGAAUUCGGGAUUGUGUGGACAUCCCUUACCAAAGGCACGCGGGAACGAUGCAAUACAAACGCACCCCUCAACUUCCCAUGAGGAAGAAGAGAAAUGGGAUUGA